UGACGAGAGCAAGGCGACCUGCAAACAGACACACCGGUUGGGCUUCAACAACUCGACCAUUUAGUGUAUUGUUACCGUAUUCGGUUUUUAAAGACGAGUUAACGAGCCUAGCCCUGCUUCGCCCGUUAGUCCCUCGUUCAGCCAGUGUUUGUUAUGAGCCAGCAGAGUGUUUGUGAAGCCGCCGUCGAGUCGAGCCCGCAGAAGAAAAUCAAAAUGGAAGACACCAAAUACCUCCCGGAGCUGCUGGCGGAGAAAGACAGCCUGGAUCAGUCGUUCACACACGCUAUGAAGCUCAUCUCAGCAGAGAUCGAGAGGAUUCAGAAAGGUGAAACAAAGAAAGAGCCAGAGAAGGAAACCUAUCUGGACCUGUUUGCUACCAAGAACCUCAAACUGAAAGAGCGGGUACUCAUUCCUACCAAGCAGUAUCCGAGGGUCAACUUCGUUGGUAAGCUUUUGGGACCUCAGGGAAGCACAAUCAAGAGACUCCAGGAAGAGACCGGGGCAAAGAUUUCUGUUCUGGGAAAAGGUUCCAUGAGGGACAAGAACAAGGAGGAAGAGCUGAGGAAGGGCGGUGAGGCCAAAUAUGCUCACCUGGCCAUGGAGCUGCAUGUGUUCAUUGAGGUGAUGGCACCCAUCCCAGAAGCCUACAUGCGAAUGGCUCAUGCAAUGGAAGAGGUCAAGAAGUUCCUUAUCCCGGAACCCGGGGAGCAUGACCCGUACAUGGAUCCUCACUUCUUGAAUGGAUCCCAGGACGGUGGCAGGGGGCGAGGUGGUCACCUAGGACGCGGCAGAGGUGGACCACCCGGUGCUGGAGGACCAAGGGGGCGAGGGUUGCCACGUGGAGGCCCACGGGGAGCAAUGCGCGGUGGUGGCCCACGUGGAGGAUUGGGGCGAGGCAACGGUCACAGGGGUGCACCAUCUGGUAGAGGUGGACCACCUUCUGCUCCCAAUAGAGGAGGCUCGGCAUCUCGCUCUAGACCCCCUACAGCAGGAGCUCCAAGGAUGCUCCCCUCUGCAGCCAUGUCCCACCAACAGGGACCUUCAGCAUCACAGCCCAAAGCUGAUGGCUAUGAAGAUUAUCCUUCAUAUGAAGAAGCCUAUGCAGAGCCCGCCUAUGAGGGAUACGACAGUUAUUACAAUCAGCAAGCUGCACCUGCGGAUACUGAAUAUUAUGAUUACGGUCACGGAGAGGCCCCGGAAACCCCAUAUGAGCCUUAUGCUCAAGACGAUUGGGACAACUCAUGGUCCAGCUCCGGGGCCGGAGGCAAGACCCCCGCUCCCAGGCAGUCGAAGGGAUCAUACAGAGAGCAUCCCUACGGCAGAUACUGAACGGCUACUGGUAGAGAGUUGCUAUGGCAACUGUCUCCGAUUGUAACUCGCUGAACUUUUCAAAAGUAAUUUCCCUCUCGUUUGUUCCCUUUUUUUAUGGUUUAUUUUAUUUUUGUUUUUUAAACUCGGUAGGGACGUUUUGUUGGAUGUAUCAUAGAGUGCCAGGGGAGAAACAUGAAGACGAGGUUAUUCAUUGUUUAUCCUUUUCCAUUUAAUGUUUGUUUCAGUUGCGUAGUUGGCAGGUCCUAGUGACAAAACCCUAACAAAGGAACAAGAGUAACAUUUUAGUGAUUGAUGGUUAUCGUUUCGGUUAAUUGUUCCUGAACAAAAUGUGAUUGUGGCGUUAAAUUCUUCUCACGUAGGCUGCAUUUUAAAAGUCCUUCAUGAUUGGACAAAAAUGAUUCAUAAUGCCUCGAUGUAACUUCACUAUAACUAGAAUAGAUUUAGUAACAAACUCAAAUGCCGUUUUGAUAAAAAAAACAAAAGUCUUACCAUUAUUUGUUUAUACUACUAUUACUAUUAUACUACAAUACAAAUCUAGUCUGGUGUGAAGUUAUAGAAUCUAAAAUACUAUUGAAAUCGAUUUGACAAAGAAAAAUGCUUCUAUUUUUGCCACACUUUACAAUUGGUAUAUUUUGUUCUGUCCAGACUAUUGCAAAAUCAACGCUGAUGAUCGACUAAUUCUUGUAAAGUUUGAAGGAUAACAAUCCUUGCUGUGUGAGAGGAAGGCUGCAGCCAACUCAAUAUUUUGUACAUAACUUAGGACAACUGUGUAUGCUUUAAGCCGUGCCGUCUCCAAAAUGCAUAAUGCUUGUGUACCUUUGGCUAAAUAGGAUACUAAAUAUAUCCCAAAAUGUUUUUCUGCAGUGCGUGUUUCAAUAAAGUUUCUAGUUUCUUUUUAAUCAAUCUAAACAUGGUAUUUUGCCUUUGUUGUACCAAAGGAAUGCCUUCAGUUUGUGAAAGUGGUCCUCAGUGGUUUCUCAACAACGCUGAAUAAGCUGUAUGUAUACACGUCAGCCUGACAAAAAACAAAAGCAGUGUUUUGACAAUGAGUUGAUCCUCUUCGUCUGUUUUCAAAACUUAUCUAAAUGUCACCUUCAACAAAAAAAACAAAUAAAGCUCAUCAUUCCUUGAGGUAA